AUGGUACCGGCCGGUUUGGGAAUCUCAAAUCCUGAUGAUGCAGCUAUAGAAGCGGAGCAAGAGCGUGCAUUGGCGGCUCUCAUUAAGUUCAAGAAGUUCGACCCACCUAUCUUUGAAGGGGGAAAGGUAGAGCUAUCGGUGGUAGAGUCGUGGAUCGACUCGAUGGAGACGCUUUUCGAGAACCUAUAUACCUCGGAGAAGGAUAAGUUUAAGAGGGCGAUGUUUGCAAACUACUUCCCCGACACUGUGAAGCAGAAGUUACAAGAAAAAUUUCACAAGCUAAGGCAAGGAGAUCGCUCGGUAGCGGACUGCGAGCAGGAGUUCUCCCACAUCAUUGAUUGCGUCCCGGAUAUUGUUCGAGAUGAUCGGGACCGGGCCGAUUGGUUCUUGCGAGGACUUAGGCCGAGGAUCUAUGAGGCCGUGCAAAUCCUCAAGAUUACGACCUUUGCGAAGGUCUUUGAUCGAGCUUUGUGGGCGGAGCAUGGCAACACCUACGCGCGAGAGGAGUGCGAGGCUAUGGCGGAGGCGAGGGACAAAGGAAAGAAGCGAGCGGUGGGUGGUGCUGGGGGCCGGCCGAAUGCCAAGAAACCCCCUCGGUAUCCCCGGCAGCAGGCGAGGAGUUGGAAGCCUUCUCGUUGUACUAUUUACGGCGGUGAUCAUCGACCGCCGGCAUGCCCGCAGCGCGGGGAAAAGUGCUACAAGUGUGGCCAAGCGGGGCACAUGGCACGGGAGUGCCCGAGUUGGGGGUCGUCUGCAUCGACAGCGGCGUGA